CUUCCCCCCUUCUCAUUUAUUCCGAACGGUUGGAGAAGUGCUCGGGCUCUACCUCAGACUUAGGGAGCUGCCUCGAGGUGAUGCCUGAAGCCCCCGGGCACCAGCUACCCUUCUCAGACCCCAGUCCCGCCCGCUCCCGACGUUGGCUGCGAUUCCGCUACCCUUGCGGGCAGCGAGGUUGGGGUGAGCCCCAGCUGCAGGGGCGUCUGGGCGGCGCCGUUGCAAACGAAUUGGGCACCUCGGGCGGCUCCGCACCUGCACCCGCACCCGCAGCCGCACCAGCGGGGCUGAGCCCCGAAGGCUGCAGCUUCGGGGAGGCGCGGCCGCCGAGGUCCAGCUGGCUGGGCGAGCCACGUCGCCCCUCGGAGGAUGCUCCCGGGACUUGGGAGAGGAAGGAGGGAAGAGAAGAGGGGAAAGGGGCCGUCGAUGUUUCUGGUGUCCGUGCUUUCGUGGAGGCCACCAAUACUGAGAAGACGGGGUUGCCCGAGGCAGCCCGCACGUCGCUGCCCGCGAGCGCUCGAGUCGAAGCUGGGGCCAACCGCGGCGUGUCCGGGUGCCCUGGGGGGCGGACACUUGGCAUAGCACUGGGACUCAGAAUAGCCACCGGGGUUGGGAAAUGCGUUCACUUUGCUUACCUGUUGGCAAGAGGGACAUGCAAAAAUAACGUAACGUGACAUCGUUGACAACGGUAGCUCUUUGAUUAGACAAAAGCCAAUUUUACCUUCCCGCAAAAGCCAGUUGACGCCUUUGGAACUUUUAUUUGCGGCAUUUUGGCGCCCUCUGGCUGUGUUCGGAUGGCUUUCGUGCUCGCCUGCGUCCCAGCAAAGAAAACAUCGAUUGAGUUGCAGGUUGUCCUCAGGAUGGUUCUGCCCUUGCG